AGUCCUCAUCACGUAAUUCUAAAACAUAGAUAAGAGAAGAGUUCUAAAAUUUAAGGUUAGAACCGACUGAAGACAAAUUUGAGUACCUUUUCUGAAAAAUAAGAGAUAAAGUAAAAUUCAGGUGAACAAAACUAUUUAUAGUUUCUCUCUUAAACUCGCAAAAAUACAUCCUAAUGAAAAAGGCCAAAAAUCAUCGACUCUAAUUGUAAAUAAACUAAAAAUUGAGGUUGAUUCUUGUGCUGGUUAAGGUUGCAACAAAUUUAUUUUUACGAUAUGACCAAACGUACCGGGUGUUUAAAAUAUGAUAAUAAAAUCAUUUUGGCCCCAAUGGUCAGAGUGGGUACUCUACCCAUGAGGCUUCUUGCACUUCACUAUGGUGCUGAUAUUGUGUAUACAGAAGAACUCAUUGACUGGAAACUUAUUAAGUCGACUAGGAGAACGAAUGAGGCCCUGGGAACAAUUGACUAUAUAGACCAAUCAGAUGGGACUGUAGUUUUUCGAACUUGCUCAUUGGAAAAGGAUAGAGUCGUCGUACAACUAGGCACUUGUGAUUCUCAAAGAGCUCUGAAAGUUGCAAAAAUUAUUGAAAAUGAUGUGGCAGGGAUAGACAUAAACAUGGGAUGUCCAAAGGAAUUUAGCUUGAAGGGUGGCAUGGGUGCAGCCUUGUUAACACAAAGAGAAAAUGCUAAGGCGAUUCUGUCAACUUUAGUGAAAAAUUUAACAAUCCCGGUGACCUGUAAAAUUAGAGUAUUUGAAAACUUGGAAGAUACAAUACAACUAGUGAAAGAUUUGGCAUCAACCGGUAUUGCUGCCAUUGCAGUGCAUGGAAGGACGAAAGCAGAGAGACCGCAACAUUUAAAUAGAAACAGUACAAUAGCCGCCAUAGCAAAACACUUGGACAUUCCUGUAAUAGCUAAUGGUGGUUCUCGGGAGAUAGACAAAUACAAAGAUAUUUUAAAGUUUAGGGAGGAUUGUGGAGCGAGCAGUGUAAUGGUUGCUCGGACAGCAGAAGGAAACUGUUCGAUUUUUUGCAAGACAGGCAUGAAAGACUUAGAAUGUGUAAUAACGGAAUACCUAAAAUUGGCAAUAGACUAUGAUAAUUCACCAAGCAACACGAAGUAUUGUGUCCAAAACAUGCUAAAGGAAUUACAAGAAACGCCCAGAGGAAAAAAGUUUUUGGAGUGCCAAACAUUGGAGCAAAUAUGCUCUAUAUGGAAUUUGGGCGAAUAUUGCAGAAUGAAACAACUGGAGUUCCAAGCUAAUGGGAUGCUGGGCAGACGGGAAGUCUGCCCAGAUAUGUUCGGUACGCCCAAUAAAAGAAUGAAGAUCGAUUAUGACGAACAGCCAAACAUAUACAAAAUAAAAUGUGCAUUUAUAAGGGUUAAUUUUCAAACUGAUCCCGAUUUACCAAAGAGUAAAAUAAUAGCUCACUGUGGACGAAACCAGUUGAAGGCACCUUCAUAUAGGAUAAUCAAUGAACAUAAACUGUUCCGAGCGGUAGCAACUUUGGAUGGCAAAUGUUACAGUUCUACUUAUUGGGAGAAGAACAAAAGAUUUGCAGAGCAGGGUGCGGCAUUGGCUUGCUGCGUGGCGUUGGGAUUAAUAGAUAAACAAACUUUGAUAGAUAAUGGAAGCAUACUUGAAUAAAAAUAAAAUCCCUAAAAA